AUUUAGUGGAUGCCUCUCUUAAAGGCAGCCCCAUCAAUGUUAGAAAGCUCCAUAAGAGAGCUUUCCUUGCCAGGGAUCUAUCCUCUUCAUCUUCUGAGGAGGAUUUGGUCCCAGUUUUAAGCAAAAAGAAUAAAGGAAGGCAGCUGGUCUCUUCUGCCAGUUCCUCGUCUGAGGAAAACUUAUCUGAUCCUCCUUCCCCUCAUACUCGUUUGAGUAGGCGUAAAAUUAAGGGGACAGGACCCCAAAAAAGGAAUAGCGUGUUUCCCUCAUUUGAGCACCAGGAACACCUUCCAGAGAAAAAGGACAAAUCUCGUUGGAGCUUAGAUAGUCCCUCUCCUUCCUCUUCUAGAGCGUUAGCUCACUCCUCCUCCCAAAGCCGUUCCAGUUCCAGAUACAGCUCUCCAGAAAUAGACUGGGAAUCUGAGGAAGUGGUACAUUCAGCAGCUUCCACUGAGCGAGGGAAGCUAAGCAAUGUUCAGAUGGCCAGAGUAAGCCUCCUAAGAAAGACUCUCCCAUCAAAAUUAUUUCACUCCAGAUGGGCUAUGGAGCACGAUUCUGAGGUUAGAGAUUUCGCUAAACUAGCCUUCAGAUUCCCCUUGGUUAAGGAGGAUGACUUUCUCCUCAGGAACAACAUUGGUAUCCCGGACAUUCAGGCUUUAAUGGCCCCAGAGGUAGCUCCUGCUCUGUUAUCUAUCACUGGGAGCAGAGUAUCCUCUGAUCCCACAGACCAGACUUUUCGCAAUAUACAGUUCAAAAUUGCUGAUGCUGUGGGCCCACUAUUACUGAUGCUGGAUAAGCCAGAAGAGCUUCAUCUCUGUUGGCAUCUAAGAUGGCUCUUUUAA